UACGAACAUGGGGCGAACGUCACGCAGCUUUCCUGUCGAACAAAUUCCGUACAUAGAACUAAUUGAGUUAUACUGGCCAUAAAUCUGGAGCGGUGUGUGCAGCUGAUGUACAAUCGCAUAUCGAUUUCAGACACGUGAGGACGCGCAUCGCGGUUCCGGAGUUUAGGGAUCGGCCUCCGCAUUCCUGAAACAAUUCUCCAAACACAACGUUGGCAGCCCGACUAGCACACGCCCAUUUGCGAAGUAAAGAAAGAUGGCAGCGAAGCCCGAGGACGCGAGUACGGCACCUACGGAGGGGGCCGGUCUCUUUAGCGGAGCGGGUCUGGAGAAACAGCCGGAGCCUGAUCUUGUGGCUGGGUCUAACGACAAGAACGAUGGAGGGGAGGCUAUCGACAAUGCCACCGCGGCAGUAGCCGAUCUCUCUGUCGACGAAAAGAAAGAAGAGAACAAGGAAGCAGACGUCACUCCCCAAGCCAAUGCCGUGGCGCCCGAAACCGCACACAGCGAAGCCAAACCUGUGGAACAGAAAGAACCCGAAGCCGACACCGUAGCGCCCACUCAGGGACCCUUCUGGCCAGAGACGGCGCCCGAUCACCCACUCACCAAGUUCUACGAUGCUUUCGAAGCCCUCGUUACCGAAGCCCAGCAUGGAGAAGUCUAUGGCAUAGAGCUCAGCAAAUCAAAACCCUUCCAUACCAAGCUCAUACUACAAAAGUUCCUCCGAGCCAACCAAAACGAUCUGGAGAAAGCGAAGUCACAGCUACUGGAUACGCUGAAGUGGAGAAAGGAGUUCGAUCCGACCAAGGCGGCAGGGGAGACAUUCGAGAAGAGCAAGUUCGAUGGGCUAGGAUACGUGCUGGAGGUCGAGGGCGUGCCGGAGAGUCCCAACAAGAAGGAUAUUGUUACUUUCAACAUCUAUGGAGCUGUGAAGGACAACAAGGCUACAUUUGGUGAUCUAGAUGGCUUCCUCCGCUGGCGUGUGGGCCUUAUGGAAAAGUCCGUCCAAGCACUCAACCUCCCCGCCGCUACGACGCCCAUCCCCAAUUUCGGAGAAGGUCCAGACCCAUACCAAGGAUUUCAAAUCCACGACUACCUUCAAGUCUCUUUCUUGCGCCGCGACCCCCUUGUCAAGACGGCAACCAACAAGACCAUUGAAAUACUAGGACGUCACUACCCUGAGACCUUGAGCAGGAAGUUCUUCGUCAACGUACCCGUGGUCAUGGGUUGGCUGUUUAACGCAAUGAAGUUGGUUGUGGCCAAGGAGACGAGCAAGAAGUUUGUGGUGCUGAGCUAUGGAAAUCAGCUUGCCGCCGAGCUGGGUAAGGGUGUACCGAAGAGUUAUGGUGGUGAAAGGGCAGAGCUGGCCGAGAGCGCCGAGAGUAUGAAGAUGGCUUGAUGUCACAUGUGAUAUUACCACGAGGAGGGAAAGAAGGCGGUGGAUGUAAUGGUAGGAGAUGGAAGAAGCGACUCAGUGUGUUUGUCUGGCUUCAAAAGCCUUGUUAUACCCC